ACUGUUGGCUCUCCUUUAGUUUUCACUUGGUGUAGUUCUUGUCCAGCUCUUGACCAUGUCGGAAACGGCUCCUGCGGCCUCAAGUACCCUUGUUCCAGCUCCUGUGGAGGAGAAACCUUCAUCUAAAAGGCGAGGGAAAAAGCCUGGCCUGGCCCCUGCUCGCAAACCUCGGGGUUUCUCAGUUUCCAAGCUGAUUCCUGAGGCCCUUUCCACAUCGCAGGAACGGGCAGGAAUGUCCCUUGCUGCCCUGAAGAAAGCCCUGGCUGCGGCUGGUUACGACGUGGAGAAGAACAACAGCCGUAUCAAGCUGGCCCUCAAGAGACUUGUGAAUAAAGGAGUCCUGGUGCAGACCAAGGGCACUGGCGCCUCAGGCUCCUUCAAGCUCAGUAAGAAGGCGGCUUCUGGGAACGACAAGGGCAAGGGCAAGAAAUCUGCUUCUGCCAAGGCUAAGAAGAUGGGCUUGCCCCGGGCCUCGAGAUCUCCCAAGAGUAGCAAGACCAAGGCUGUCAAGAAGCCAAAGGCUACGCCCACAAAAGCUUCUGGGAGCGGAAGGAAGACCAAAGGGGCCAAGGGCGUGCAGCAACGUAAAAGCCCCGCCAAAGCCAGGGCAGCAAACCCCAAUUCUGGGAAGGCAAAAAUGGUCAUGCAGAAGACCGAUCUGAGGAAGGCAGCAGGGAGGAAGUGAGUUUCAAAGCCAGUUUUCAAAAACCCAAAGGCUCUUUUAAGAGCCACUUA